AUGGAUGCCAAAGCGUUUGAUGUUUCAACUGAAAGUACUCCAAAGGAGCUAUUAAUUGCAGAUGAUUCUAUUGUUUAUGAUGCCAUUGUUGUUGGUGCUGGUGUAAUUGGUCCAUGCAUUGCCACUAGCUUGGCAAGAAAAGGUAAAAAUGUUUUAAUUAUCGAAAAGAGUUGGGCCAUGCCAGAAAGAAUUGUUGGUGAGUUGAUGCAACCCGGUGGUGUGAGAGCUCUAAGAAGCUUAGGUAUGGUUCAAGCAAUUAAUAAUAUUGAUGCUUUCCCUGUUACUGGCUAUACUGUUUUCUACAAUGAUCAAAAAGUUGACAUUCCUUACCCUUACAAGGCUGAUAUAGCCCCACUUGAAAAAAUUGAAGGCUUAGUGAAGGAUGGUAAUGACCAGGUCUUAGAAGAUAAGAACUUACACGUUAAAGAUUAUGAAGAAGAUGAAAGGGAACGUGGUGUUGCAUUCGUUCAUGGAAGAUUUUUGGAUAAUUUAAGAAAAAUAACUAUGAGUGAGACGAACGUUACUUGCUUACAAGGUAAUUGUAUUGAGAUCUUGAGAAAUGAAAAAAAUGAAGUAAUUGGUACUAAAGUCGAAAUUGAAGGUCGCGGGAAAAUUAGUUUCAAGGCUGAUUUAACUUUUAUUUGUGAUGGUAUUUUCUCCCAUUUCAGAAAAGAAUUGAGUACUACUCAUAUUCCAAAGGUGGAGUCUUCCUUUAUUGGUAUGGCAUUAUUUCAUGCCGAUAUCCCUGCUCCAAUGCACGGCCAUGUAAUUCUAGGCAGUGACCAUUUGCCUAUCAUUCUAUAUCAAAUUAGUUCUGUAGAAACAAGAAUUUUAUGUGCUUAUAAUAGCAAGAAAGUUCCAUCUAAUAUUAAAGAGUGGAUGAUAAAAAAUGUUCAACCAUUUAUCCCAAAAUCAUUGCGCGCUGCCUUUGAUUUAGCUUUAAUAGAUAAUAAAUUUAAAAGUUUACCAAAUUCUUAUUUGCCAUCUGUACCAAAUACUGUUCCAGGUAUGUGUGUUAUUGGUGAUGCAAUGAAUAUGAGACAUCCAUUAACUGGAGGUGGUAUGACCGUAGGAUUAAGUGAUGUUGUGUUAUUUGUCAAAAUGUUUGGUGAUAUGGAUUUUAGCGAUCGUUCCAAAAUCACAUUAGAAAUGGAAAAAUUCCAUCAAGAUAAGAGAAGCUAUGAUUCAGUCAUCAACACAUUAUCUAUUUCGUUAUAUUCCUUAUUUGCUGCUGAAAAUGAUAAUUUAAAAGCAUUACAAAAAGGCUGUUUUAAAUAUUUCCAAAGAGGUGGCAAUUGCGUGAAUGUUCCAAUUAAAUUUUUAUCUGGUACAUUACCAAACCCAUUGUUAUUGUCCAAAACUUUUUUUGCUGUUGUUCUAUAUGCAAUCAUUACUAAUAUUCAGGAACACGGAGUUAAAGGAUUACCAAUUACAUUAUUACAAGCAAUUUCAAUAUUACUAACUGCUUGUAAAGUAUUUACCCCUUAUUUAUAUCGUGAAUGGGCUAACUAA